GCAUUUUAAACACGUACGUAUGAGCCAGUUGUCUCCAUUGGGUACGGUCUUUCAAGCCAAAUCGGCGUUUUCGCAGAUUAAUCCGUUCAACGGAAUGCUCCUUACGCACAUCCGGUGCGUCAAUCAGGCGGUUCGUUUCAUCAUCCAUCCCCACCACGAUCUCCGCUGGCGUGUACUCCAUUACUUUUCUCUGUCUUCCCCGACUGGCUGUGCUCUCUCCCGAGCAUUUUUCUCUCUUCCUCCUGUAGGCGCGGCGUCUGGUCUAGUUGAGCGAACGUUAGCCGGCUAACACAGUCAGCCGGCAGUUCUCACCGGAUCUUGUCAAGUUGACUCGCUCUCCUAUUAGGAUCCUCCAAAUGUCUCGGAGAUACUUGAGCGAGACGCACGCUCGAAAUCAGAACGGGACAGUUGUCCGAAGAUUGAUUUUUUCGAAGCGAAUUUCCCUGACCGACUUGAUCCAAGAUCAAUCUUGAGGAUUCAGAGCCAUGCUCAUGGAGUAGGGCACACGUGGGCAGCCAGAAUGACGACGAAAAAGGAGCAACUCGCUGUUACGGUAUUUCGCCGCCAACUAUCCGAAUUAGUCAAUUGAAAUCACCGCCGCGCGAGCUGUCCGCGAGAGAGAUCUGCACAGAGCACGCAGACGCUUGUAUCAACGAUGAUCGAGAAUUAAUUCGCCGAUGAUCGUGUGGAAAGUGAAACCUGUCGUCGAUUCGAAUAUUACGUACAGUCGAUCGCGCUGAUUAAUAAAGAUCCGGUGAACAACUAUCGGCUAUCUCGUGUGCGCGGGCUAUCUGUAAGCUGAUAGCUACAUCUUCCGCGUUUUUUUACAAACAUAUUUCCCGCAUAUGUUCUGGAUAAAAGAAGAGAUAUGAGACGGAUUUUCGAAUUGAAACGGAUUUUUCAUCGAAAGACACGGACUCAGAGCACACUUUUUAAUUACGAGGAGGAGGUCGUUUAACAAGAAGAACCUGGUGAACCUAGUCAUUUUGUAUAGUAAAAGGAUCCAGACAUAUUAGAAAAUUACACCAAUUCUUGACGUAGAAGAAGACUCGUAUUUCGAGACACUGAGCUUUUAAUUUAAAAGCCUUAUUUUGAUACUAAGAAUAUACUAUAUAAGAAAAAGGAAGAAGAAAGAAAUACGGGACGGUGUCGUUGGCCGACUUUCUUUUUCGUAAGAGUACGCAGAAAUGAACUGCACGCAGGAAAAUGAACUUUGGGUGUUUGGAUAUGGGUCCCUCUGCUGGAAUCCUGGUUUCUCGUACAUCAGAAGCACGACCGGCUAUGUGAGGGGUUUCAGCAGGCGAUUCUGGCAGGGCAACACCACGCAUCGUGGAACGAUCGAAAAGCCUGGACGAGUCGCCACCUUAAUCGAGGACAAAGAGGCUACGGUUUACGGACGAGCGUUUCAGCUUCAGGACAGUGCGGCGUUAUCCUAUUUGGAAAAUCGCGAGUGCUCUUUAGGAGGAUACCUAAUGACCAUCGCGACGUUUCACAGCCGGGUCGGGGACAGGCAAUUCCCCGUAGUAAUUUACAUCGCCACCAACAAGAACGAGCAGUGGCUCGGCGAGGCAUCGUUGCAGACUAUAGCGCGUCAAAUCACCGAAUGUUCCGGUUUGAGCGGACACAACGUCGAGUACCUCUUACGCUUGGCAGAGUUCAUGCACCGUUACUUGCCGGAGGCGCACGACGAGCACCUCUUCACGCUGGAAAUGUUAGUGCGCUCGCGAAUAAAAGAAGAGAGCAUGUGCCUGGUGACGUUGAUGGGUAAUCGCGACUUCGUCCUCGACCUCGACGAGGACGCUCGUGCCGAAUUGGCCAUUUCUACGGAGGAAGUUAACGAACGACCUCGGGAGAACUCCCAGUUCAGCGCACGGAUUCCGUCCAAAUGCUUGCGUUGCGUCAAAAUGUAGUCAAUACUCAUACGGCACAGAAAGAUUGCAGCAAUAUUUCGUCUCGAGAUUAUAUAACAUUGCAAAAACGCCUAUUGCUAAAUGUUGCUAUAAUAUUGCUGCAAUAUUACAGCACUGAUAAAAUGUCUUUAGAAAUAAUGCAAUAUUAUAGCGAUUUUACAUCAUAAUGUCUUGUAUUCCGAAACACUCUCAUAAAAAUGUUAGUACGUUUAAAACGUUUUUUCCUCUGUUUUAAGUCUAACGAUUGAUAAAGAUGUAAUAGAAUGACACAAAAAAAGCGCGCUAACAUCUUUCUAAGCGCGUUUUCAAUACGGGCCAAUAUGUUUUGAUAAUUUGGUAAUUUUUUUAUAAUAUAUCAGAUGCCAUUAUAUUAAUAUAUUUUAGCACAAAUAUUAUAAUUUUUAGGAAUAUUAUAAUAUUAUGUCUCUGAAUUAACUUUCACGCAAGGGAUCAAAAAGAACGAUGUAUUUUUACUGUCAAAAUUUUUACUGCCAUCUCACUUUUAUCUUCGAACUCAAUUUUAGGAACUCGCCUCCUUUAUUUUAUCAAAAUGUGGCUGAAGAGUCUCAAUGUUGCGUUUUUUAUUCUGUGAUUUUUUUUAAUUACGAGAAGUACAACUCCGCCGUGUCUAUCUGCUGACGAUGGCGCGUAGGUAAGGCAUAAAACAUUAUUUUUCACAAUAUUCUUGUAAAGUUGCUGCAAUACUGCUAAAGUAAUAAUAUAAAAAAAAAUCUUGCAAUGUUGUAGCAAUUUUGCUGCAAGCUUCUGCGUUGUAUAGGCUGGAUCGCAUAUUCCGUACGCGUACGUAUAUGUGAUAGCGAAUGAAAGUGGCAGCUUUUUUUUUUUUAACGCUCAAUUCGCGUACAAAGUUUCAUGACAACGCGAAUUAGUAGCGAGACACAUUUUUGUAGGCAUACUGGAUAAAUCUUGAAUUUCUUGAAAGCAAUUAAAUAUAAUUGUUUAAAGAAAAGAUAGAAGAAAAAAGCUACAAUCUAAAUUAAAAAAAUUAACAUUUGCAAAUUUCUUUAAGAAUAUAAUCUCACUGCUAGUAUAUGUUUCUUAGAGGCUGUACGCGUAUACGUGUUUAUAAUACGGCUGUGUUAAUUUGUACUGCACAAUGUGCUGGACAUGCGUGCAUACCUAAAUCGAAUUUCUCUUUUAUACAUUUUGUAACACGACUACUCUAUUAUGUAUGUCAGUUUUAACGUAAGACCACUACUCUCAUGUUAUUCUAAUAUACUGAGAAUCAUAAUCGUAGAGUCACGAAUAAUGAUAAAGAAAUGGUUAUUUCACUUAUUUCUUUAAAAUCGCAAAAGUUCCUAAAAUUUAAAAGGAAUAAAGAAAGGAAAAUACAUUUGCAAGUGUUUUUAUACGAAGCCUUUAUGAAAGACCGAUUUUUUGUUUUAAAUGUUUAAUUUUAAAACAUUCUGGUAUUGCGAAUUCAUUUAAACAUUAAUUGUAAUUUAAUUAGAUAUUGAUUUACACACUAACACAUUCGUACAUUGUAUAUAUAAAUAAAAAUUAUAUUUUUUAGAUAAAUUAUUAAUAAUUAAUAUAUGUAUUAUAAAAUGUUAAGAUCCUUUCUUAAAAAAGGAUCUUAACAUUUUAUAAUACAUAUAAAAAAUAUAUCAAAGUUAUAGUCGCUUUUCCGCAAUGCCGAUUGGUUCUCUCGUCAACUUCGUGAGCGACUGUCAUCGCGGAGAUCGCGUAUUCUGACUAUGUGUACGUAUGUGUAUGGAGGUAUCCUUUGACCAUGUACAGGACAUUUACAAAACAUAAAAAUAUAUAAAAGAAAA